UCAGGAAAGGUUUCAAUAUACAUAUUGUUUUAAUUAGCAAGUGCCUGUGGGUUUGGCUAGGUCAGUCGAGUUCAAAUCAGUAGUACAUCCCGCUGUCCUAUAAUGACUGGCCUUUCCGUGACCCCUAACAUCCCCCUCUCUCCGUUUACAUGUGGGGGAUGAUUAGGGAGCCUCCGUUUGCUACAUACGUUACCGCCUGUCGAGUACGGAUCACUGGUAAACUGGGGAUGUGGCCGAUACGGAUAGGAUUAUCAUCACGUGCAACUGUGAUGAGCUUUGUCGUUUUAUUUCUUUAAUACUCCUGGGUUAUCUUGUGGGUAUUGGAGUAAACUUCUGGAAUAUUUGUAGGUCAGUGGAAAGUAGUUAUGUCCGGAAGCGUCCAUUACAUACUAGCGCGAGUGUCUGAUAAAUCAUCUGUAUUUUAUCAAGGUCAUACCGGGGAUAAGAUUCAAGGCUAAACUCUGUGAAGCAGCCGAAUGCAUACUGGAUUAUGUGUGGAUUUUAACACCACGUUAUGAAAUGUGAGCCGUUAUUCUGAAGGGAGGUCUCCAUCUAAUGAAGUUUCCAGAAUAUGUCCCAUGGCCUUAAACGUUUCCUGCGGAGUUUAACUCUAACAAAAUGGAAACCAAGGUUCCGGAUGAAGACCCCGGCUCUCUAUGUACUGUUUGUGUCGGGUGCCAUGUUAAUGUGUUACAUGAUGUUAUCCCAAUCCAGAUUCAACCAUCAUCCAGUGAUAUCAAAAUUCAAUGGAUACCGCAAAUAUGCUGUACACACCAUGUAUGGAAACGGCGACGGAAGUGGGUUGACAUACGGGCACUUCAACAAAAGUGCUGAGAAUGAUGGGAAUUUUACACAAUCAUCCGUUUGGGUCAAUCCUGAUCUUGACCUUCUACACAGAGAACAACCCAAUUUUUUACCUAAUUUUAAAAACCCCUGUUGGUAUGAACGGUUAUAUAAAUCUGAUGUCUACAAAAACAAUAAGUACCUAGUCGUCUCGCGCUCUGCGAGGCACAAGUCGUUGGAACUGAUUAAUGAGUGGUCCGGACGUUUAUCAGCCAAUCGGAAUACUGCCCAACGUUUGCGAUGUCUACCAUACUUCCAAGUGAUUGGUCAACCGAAGUGUGGCAGCACGGACCUCUUCUGGCGAAUCAUGAGACAUAAGGACGUGUUUGCUCCACCAAUCAAAGAGCUCCAUUGGUGGAGCCGGAACAGACAGGGGAAGAACAUUAACUUUACUGAUAUCAUUCCAUUAUCACAAUACAUCGACAUGUUUGACCUGGCGGCACUACAGAUAGAGGCAGCACCGGAAACGGAUGACCAGGACGUGAAGUACUACAGUAAAAUAUUAGGCGAGGCGAGCGUGUCGACGUUCUGGGAGAAUGACGACUGGUUUCAUUACCCAGAAAAUGUGUACAACGACGAACCCGUCUACACCAACGCCGACUACGUCAAAAAACUCCUCCCUGACAGCAAACUCAUCCUCCUUCUGCGCAACCCCAUAGACAGAUUGUUCUCAGAUUACUUGUAUUUCAACAUGGGAAAGAAAUCGUCGGAGGCGUUCCACCUGCGGAUGUUAAAUGGUAUAGAUGUGUACAGAAACUGUACGGAAACACAUAGCAUGCGUUACUGUGUUUACAACAGGUCCGUCGCGCUCCAGUCCGCGACAAGACUUAGAGUUGGGCUGUACGUCAUCUAUCUCCGCGAUUGGCUGAAGCUAUUUCCACGGGAACAACUCCUGAUUUUACGCCUGGAGGACUAUUCUAAUGACCUUGCGGGUGUGAUAAAGAAAGUGUUCAGCUUUCUCAAAUUACGCAAGCUGUCUGAUAGUGAAUUCAAACACGUCAUCCAUGUUCCAAUUGCCAAUAAAAGAAAACAUAAAGACAAACGAGUUGGACAGAUGCUCGACAAAACUAAACAAAUAUUACAGGAAUUUUAUGAACCGUAUAAUCAGGAACUGGCCACCCUCCUUGGCGACGACCGGUUUCUGUGGUCCCCUGAAACAGAGUCGGAGGAAAACGAAGACUACGAUGAGGACACGCAGACAGACGCACACGAUAAAACAACUGAGGAUAGCGAAAUUACUCUCGAUGGUAAACCACGUGAUAACACUGAUCGGUCAAGUGAUGACCCUGUUGGUGGUGAUGAACAGGUGACUGAUGAUAGCGCGGGAAAAGGCACAACGAAAGAUGAGGAGGAGGGAGAUGGCGAGGAAGAAGACGCGGGAGAUGAUACACUUGCAUACAAUCGGGUAAAAUCUGCCAUUAAAAAGGCGAAGUUAAAGUCAGAGUAUUAUUACUCUGGCUAUAACUGAUUUGUAAUCAUUUAUUAAAGACCGGAGCAUCCUGUGAUAUCACUGUCAGUGGACCAAGCGAUGUUAUUGUAAUAUAUGUUUUAUUUAUAAACUACUAGUGUUGUUCCGUUCUAGGGAUGGUUGUUAAAUGUGCUGUUUAUCCCAUAUUGAUGAUAUGAAUUUGGACCAAUUCACCUGUCUUCCAUGAAAGAACCAUAAACACACCUUUAUAUAUGUAAUUUUUAAGGAAGAAUAUACUGGCCAAGACUCAGGAACAUUCAAUUAGCUUCAGUCAAUAUUUUCCAUGAACUCAAACUUUACUUCCCGUUUGUACAAAUUAAGGUUAAGGCUUUGCUGUUUUAAGUUCAGUCAAUAUUUUCCCUAAACUCAAACGUUACUUCCCGUUUUUACAAAAUUAGGUUAAGGCUAGGAUUUUAAAACCGAGGCCUUAAUGUAUGAACAGAACAAAUAGAAGGCGACAUUGUUAACAGAUGUGCGCUUUGUUUGUGCAUUGUAGGCACGACUUUUAACAAAUGAAUGCUUGUGGUAGCCUUAUAGGCAGAAAAAGAGGACCAUGACAAAGUAGUUAGAAUUUAAAGAAAACACGCAUAUAUGUCUUUUAUAUCGUGAUAAAAUAUUUUUAUAAAGAUACUAUCGAUUUUACCCUCCACAUUUCCGGAAAAAACAUAUCAUUGGUUGUUGUUUUUUUUUACAAAAUUUGCGAGCAUUUUGAAAUAAUUACUAAUGCUACGAAAACAAAUUGACAUUUCAUAAGGUAGUAGUUUUUUUAAGUUUUUGUUUUUACAUUCAUUUAUUUCUGGUCCUGUUACAAGCUCAGUCGAACUCUUCACCAUGACUCGAACUUAAUUUGCUCAUUAAAAUGCUACUAUUUUU